AAUACACAUGUAACAUUUUAUGUCCGACUUAAUCAUUGUAUGCAAAUACAUAACAUCAGUUCGAUGUACAACUGUUCAUAAUUUGACAUCUUUCUACAUUACUAAGUCACCAUCUCGUACUGUUACUAUCAGCCAUCUGUAUUUAAAGGAAUCAACAUUAAAUGCAACUGACUAAAUACAAAUCUGUCUGAAACAUCCACUAGAAAUUAAUACAGUCAUUAUUAACAUUAUUUGACUCUUAACUAUACCGGGAAUAAUAUUCAAUCGAAAUACUUUUCGACUCGAAAGAACUGGUUGUUAGGACAAAAUGAUGGCACCCGAAUAUUUUAAUAUUCCCGAGUGAAUCGACUCCGUCGAUAAAUUUAAAACUUAAAAAAAAAACCUCCGGCCAACUGCUCGGAGGUGGCGAUAACACUGAUAAACAUAUUAUUUUUAAUUUUAAUAUAGUUUUAUAUUUUGCUAGACAAUUAUUGUGUCAAAGUACUAUCAUAUCUCAUUAAUUAAAUCCACUUAACAAUUGAGUGGAAAUUAUUAGACUAAUCAUUUUUUGUAUAGGUAAACAAAGUAUAUUUAUAUAUUAUAUUUUUUUUUGCUAGUAAACCCAUUUUUAUUGUCAAAUCAUUAACUUAACCUCAAGAUUAAAUGGUGAAAAUGAAUCAUAGUGAUGAAGAAAAGAUAAAACAGUAUUUAAAUAAGUAUCAAAAUCCAGUAGUAACACGAAGAGAAGUUAUAAAUGUUUUAAAAGAAUACAAAGGUCUACAACCUGCUAGCGAACGUUUUGUUUUCAAUGAUGGAUCUUGCCAAGAUUUAUUUAAUUUACAAGGAACAAUACCAGUGAAUUAUAAAGGCAAUGUAUAUAACAUUCCAAUAUGCAUAUGGCUAAUGGACACUCAUCCAAAUAAUGCUCCAAUGUGUUAUGUCAGACCAACAGCAGAUAUGACAAUUAAAGUCAGUAUGUAUGUAGAUCAUAAUGGGAAAAUUUAUCUACCGUAUUUACAUGAUUGGGUACCUCAUUCUUCUGAUUUAUUAAGUUUGAUUCAAAUUAUGAUUGUAACUUUCGGCGAAAAUCCACCAGUAUUUGCCAAGCGAUAUCCAAAUACUCAAACAACAACUCCUUAUCCUACACAGCCUUUUAUGCCAGUUCCCGGAUCUGCAUCUAAUUCAGCAAGUGGUUCAUUUCCACCAUAUCCAACAAAUUCUCAGUAUUCUGGUAGCAAUUCUGGAUACAGUCCAUAUCCACCAGCAGGUGGAUCAGGAUUUAGUGGUUAUCCAGGAUUUCCUUCGAUGCCUGGAAUUCCAUCAUCAUCGUAUCCAACUCCAGGAUAUCCGAGUUCAUUUCCAGCUCCAUAUCCGCCCGCAAAUCAACCCUCACCACCAGUAGGAGGGGUAAUGACUAGUGGUAACUCAGAUACGAUUACUGAAGAGCAUAUAAGAGCAUCAUUGGUAUCUGCUGUUGGUGAUCAACUUCGUCGUCGGCUUUGUGAACAAUUUUCGCAACUUCAAGCUGAGCUUGAGACAUUACGUCGUACACAACAAGAAUUAAUGAGUGGAUCAUCACGACUUAAUGAAAUAUUUAAUAAAUUACAGAAAGAAAAACAAGAACUUGAGAAAAAUAUAAGUAUUCUUCAAGACAAAGAAAGUGAAUUGGAGAAAGAAAUUGAAAAAUUGUCGAAAAAUCAAUCUAUUGAUGUUGAUGAGGCUGUUACAACUAUUGCACCUUUAUAUAAGCAAAUGCUCAAUGCCUUUGCUGAAGAGGCUGCAACUGAAGAUGCAAUUUACUAUCUUGGUGAAGGUCUUCGACAAGGUUCGAUAGAUUUAGACGUGUUUUUAAAACAUGUGCGACAACUAUCUCGGAGACAAUUUAUGCUUCGAGCAUUGAUGUUACGUUGCCGACAAAAAGCCGGGUUAGCUGGUUGAUCCGCAAAAUAUUAUUAUUUACAUAUUACUGAAACAAACUUGCUUUAAAAUUACACUUCAUAUCUUAUUUUAUUAUCAGAAAAUAUGGAUUUAGCUAAAAAAAUUGUAUUAAAAUAAAACAAAAAUUAUAAAGAUUGUAAUUAAUUCACGUGCCCAAUAAAUACAGGAUAAAAAGUUAUAAUACAAUUAA